UAAAGAGAAAGACGAAAGAGACAGAGUGCCACAGUUAAGACGGGAAGGGGGCGCAUGAAAGAGUGUCAGGAAGAACUAAGAAAAGGACAACAGACAGGAGAGAAGUGCUCAAGAUGGAAGAAGACAGCAGACAAGGAAAAAAGAUUGAGCUCAAUGAUGGGAGACUCAUGCCACUGCUUGGACUGGGGACAUGGAAGGGAUCAAAAGUUACUGAUCAGAUUUGCCAAGCUGCAGCAGAGGCGGCCAUUGCGGCCGGUUACCGUCACCUAGACACAGCCUUCAGUUACCAAAACGAAGUCGAACUGGGCAAAGCCAUCCAGAACAAGAUCAGUCAAGGCGUCAUCCGCCGAGAAGACAUGUUCAUCACCAGUAAGCUGUGGUGCACACACCACGCCCCAGGUGACAUCCCUAUAUGUCUUAACAAGACACUGAGUGAUCUACAGACGGACUAUGUGGACCUGUACCUUGUGCACUUUCCUGUGGCCCUGAAGAGAGUGGAUGACGAACUCUUCCCCAUGAAGGACGGAGAGAUGCUCACAGCUGAUAUUGACUACAUAGAUGUGUGGAAGGGAAUGGAAGCUCUGCAGGUCUCUGGGAAAGUGAGGAGCAUAGGAGUGUCCAACUUCUCGGCUUUGCAGCUGGAGAGACUGCUGUCCAUGGCAAAGGUCCCCCCUGCUGUCAAUCAGGUGGAGUUGCAUCCGUACCUGGUUCAAACUGACCUGAUUGAGUACUGCCAAUCUAAGAGAAUUGCCCUCACCGCCUACAGUCCCUUUGGAAGCCCCGGGAGGCCACCAGACCAUCACCAGGGAGACACUGAUCCAGAGAAGCUUCUGGAGGAUCCUGUAGUGGCAGACAUAGCAACAAAGCAUAGAAGAACCCCGGCACAAGUGCUGCUUCGGUAUCACAUCCAGCAGGGCAUCUGUGUCAUCCCGAAGAGCACCAAGCCCAAUCACAUCCUGGAAAACACCAAGAUCUUUGACUUCACACUGGAUGAGGAGGACAUGAGUAGACUGAGAGGACUUAAUAGAGGGUGGAAGGCCUGUGUCAUUGAUGCGCUGAAGUCUCACCCAUUCUACCCUUUCAACUGAGAUCUGCUGUCUGCUGACUACCUGACCAUUGAUCUGCAGGACUGUUUGCUGCUGCCACUAUCGGAUUUUGAAAUCUUCAAUCAGGGCAAUUAGACUGAUUUGUAUUUUGUGUGAAUUGUUUACAUACAUUGUGUCUACGGUAUGUGAUGUGAAUGUGACAUUUUCUGAAUCCUACUGUUGAUGAAUGAAAAAUGAAUUUGUUGCAAA